GCAUCUACUGUUAUCUCUCUCCCCAAGAUCAAUGCGAGCAGUUAUGCAAUAGCUUUCACCUUAUCGAUCAUUUGGGAUGUGUAGUCAUGCGGUUCAACUUUGCCAGUGUUAACGCAAAGGAGAAGACUACACAUCCCAACAGACGGAGCGGCUCGCUGCUUCACUAGUUAAACACUGAAUGUAGUUCGCUGCACUUGGAAGAAAAAUCCGUUCAUGAUUCACUUCAUUAAUAAAUAAAUAGUUCGGUGUCAUGGCGGAAUCUGCAGCUUGUCCUGCCUUCCAGCUCGGGAGACCUCGAUACGAGCAGGGUUCAUUCCUCGGUCGACUGAGACACUUUGUGGACAUCAUUGAUCCCAGCACCCUGUUUGUGUCUGAGAAAAAAUUGAAAGAAUGCAUUAAACUACUUGAUGACUAUAAACAUGGAGAGCUUCCUCCUGGAGUGUCUGAUCUUCAGCUGUGGGAAGCCCAGAAGAUCAAGCAGGCCAUCAUUCAUCCUGACACAGGAGAGAAGAUCUUCAUGCCAUUUCGAAUGUCAGGUUAUGUCCCAUUUGGAACACCAAUUGUCAUUGGCCUUCUUCUCCCAAAUCAGACUGUGGUGUCUACCAUUAUAUGGCAGUGGCUGAACCAGAGUCACAAUGCCUGUGUCAACUACGCCAACCGUAAUGCCACAAAGCCUACGCCAACAUCAAAGUUUCUUCAAGGCUACGUGGGAGCUGUGACCAGCGCUGUUUCUAUUGCAGUGGGACUGAAUGUCCUGAUUCAGAAAGCCAACAAGCUGAGUCCUGCCACCAGAAUGAUAAUUCAGAGACUGGUCCCCUUCCCAGCUGUCGCCAGUGCAAACAUCUGUAACGUGGGCCUGAUGAGACACAAUGAGCUCUCUGAGGGAAUCGAUGUUCUAGACAACAACGGGAAUGUGGUGGGAUCCUCCAAAAUUGCUGCGAGACAUGCGAUCAUGGAGACCGCCUUCACACGUGUGGUCCUCCCGAUGCCGAUCUUCGUCCUGCCCCCCAUCAUCAUGUCCUACCUAGAGAGGCUGCGAUUCCUGCAGAGCAACCGCAGAUUGUUGCUGCCCAUCCACAGCCUGGUGUGCCUGGUUACCUUCGGCCUCUCGCUGCCCGUAGCCAUCAGCCUGUUCCCCCAGAUGUCUCAGAUUGAGGUGUCUCGCCUAGAGCCUGAAAUCGCCAUGGCAACAGAUUGCAAGGUGGUGACCUACAACAAGGGUUUAUGAUGGAUGGCUUGGUGUGGGAGCGGGGAGCAGAGGACAGAGGAGCGAGGAUAGAAAUGAGGCUGCGUUGUGAAUAGCUGUCGGGGAGAGCCUACAGUGGGGUUCCUCCUGUCGACAGGUUUGGGAGUCGUUCUGCUGCAGUGUCACAGCGUAGUCUGUAGACCGUCACGUACUAACACAGGGUUUUUUUCUAUGGUUCUCAAGAUCCCAGCAAUUAUUGAGUCGAGAUCUGAGGAUGGGACAGAUUUUACUCUGUCCUCUCUGUUUUCUGUACAUAGAAAUUAUAUAUUUACUGUGUUUUUUUAGUAUUAAUGAAAUAAUUUUAAUAUAUAUACAAAACAAUGUUUCCCACACACUGGCUAAGUUAUGGCUGCUUUUUCACACGAUGAAAAAGGGUUUAUAAAUACAGUUUAAACCUGCAAUAACUGAACUUCUGGCUCUUUGGCCGCUGAAUACUUCACUGUGUUCAGCAGCUAGUCGCUAACUGUGUCUGUCUUGAUCAGGUAGUGCACGGUAGUUUUUUAGAGCUUUUUCACUGGCAAAAAAACACCUCUCUAAAGAGACACCACUUCGAAAUGAUAUCAUUCGAUUGAAGGAUUGUUAUCAGUGGUUAUCAGCCUUAUAGAUAUAAGUUGGAGGGAGCUGCUACACCUACUAGAAGGUAGGUAGGUUCAGAAGGCCAUCAUCAGCAGUGUUGGGGAGUAACUAGUUAAAUCCAAUUAAAUUACAAAAUAAAUAUAAAUGUAAUCAGUUACAGUUGCUGAGAAAAACUAUGUGAGUCAAAUACAGUUACUAAUUGUUAUCGGCAUUAUAUUUAAUAAUCACUCCCUAAUAUCUCAUGUAAGCAUAUCUGCCAGGAGCGAUAAGGCUGGAGUCUAGACACCAAACUCUAACUAUGUUCUGCUGUUGAAAUGAACAUUUAAAAUGUGAGUUGUCUGACAGAACUAAGGUUGUGGUUAGGUUUAGAAAACAAUUAUGGUUUGGGUGAAAAUAAGUAUUGCAUAAGGAUUGCAAUGUGACAUGACACGAUGAAUUUACAAAGGUCUGUUGAAAUAAGUUAAUAAGACACAAAUAGCGGCCUCCUGGGUGAAAGUCCUGUGUUUGUUUGACUGACCCAUCCGUCUUAUGCAACCUCCUCCCAACAGAGACUUUAGCACUAUUCAGAUGGGAUUAGUUUUACAUGGGCACGUGGGGUAAUGUCACUUUACCACAGGACGUCGGUAAUAUUAAUGGCCAAUUCGCACGGGAUAAGAAAUGUCAGUAAAACUAACACAAGUGGGAGGGGUAAAUCCAUUCAUGCACCACUGUCCCCUCCUGUCGUCAUGUGUGUAUGAUGUCGCUUCCUGUGUGUACCACACUCCUUCCAGGCAAAACAUUAUUAUUAUUAUGAACUGAUUAGCCUACUGGUUGAUUUCACUGUCAUUUUUUUAUUAGCCACAUAGCCCUGCUACAUUGCAUACCUAACUUACCUAAAGCAAUCAGAAGUCCCGUGCCUCAGACAAGUGCUUGCGACCUUCUUUUGGUUUUGAAUCGUGUUCGUCGUAGGCCCACAGUACCUGAGGUUUCACAUGGACUUGUCCAACUGUGAAGUGCAAAACUGAGUGCCUCUUCAAGAGCCUCCAUGCUUGAAAGUCCGCGAAAAACCACUUGUCAACAGGAUAUGACGAAAUAUCUACACACAUAUUUACUGCUGAUCUAUUCGCACGGGAUUAGGAUUACCCGAGGUAAUUUUCCGGGACCCUUUUACAGAAGGUAAAAGUCGCGAUAAUCUUUACUGACAUCGUGCGGUAAUAAUUACUGACAUGGCACAUUCGGACAGGACUAAAAUCUCUGGUAAUUAUUACUUUAUCCCAUGUACCUAUGUAAAACUAAUCCCGUCCGAAUAGGGCUUUUGUCACUCUUAAUACUGCAACAACUGACUUUCUCCCUCACUCCUGCAAUAAUUAGUACGGCCACUAGAGGUCAUAGCCCAACAAAAAACAUUUAUGGGGCCGAUAACAGAUUUUAGCAAUAACCAGAUACGGGAUGCCAAGAAGGUGCCUAUUCAUUCCAACGGAGUUGCUUGCCUGGCGUGUACGCCAAAAAUGUUUUCUGGCUUCAAGGUUUACUUUUACAGUAUGCAGCCCACUGAAUAUGCACAGUGGUGUUUCUCCUGCUGGCCCCGCCUAUGAGUUCACUCUCAGCUCACAUUAUGAUGAUGUGACCGAUUUGUAAAUUGCUUUUCUCGGCUUGAGGAAAGUUUUACAAACAUAAAACCACCAUAACUCAAAGAUUUAGACUAGAAAGAGUCAUAAUAGACCUUGUUUGCAGUUCAAAGUGUCCUGUCAGUCUUACAGACAUCCCUUUAACAGUGGUGGUCUAGGGGGGAAAUGAUUUUUAGGCCUGGGGGAUUUUUUCGCUGCAAUUGCAUGGGUGGCCACUGGGAAAAUGGCUUUCCUGUGGUCCUGGUUGAUAACCAGUGUUGAUAAGGUUACUUUUAAAAUGUAAUAGGUUACAGAUUACUAGCUCCCAUUGUAAAAAUGUAACAAGUAAUGUAACUCAUUACUUCUGACUACUUUGAUUACUUUUCUAACAAAUGAUUUAAACUGGGCAAUGAUGCUAAAAAAUGUUGGUAGAUGGUCUGUGUUGAAAGAAGGUGUUCCUGCACAGCAAAAAAAGGCAAUGCAACAGAUGAGUGUUAUAUUUGGCUUUUUACAGAAAAAAUAUAUUCAAAUGUAAUAUCUUUGUAAUCACAACCAAGUAACUGAAUAUUGAUCACAUAUUUUUUCUCAGUAACUGUAACUGAUUACAAUUACCUUUAUUUUGUAAUUUAAUUGCAUGUAACUCCAUUACAUGUAACAAGUUACUCCUCAACACUGCUAAUGACAGAUCUCUGAACCUACUAGUAGGUGCAGUAGGCCCAUUCUGUACAAGACUGCUAACAACUGAUAACACCCAUUCAAUGUAGUGAUAACAUUCAAAGUGGGUGGAUGAAAGCUGUGAGAAUAAAGAACAGAACUGACUGUGGUACUAAACAGAAUCAGAUUAGUCACUGUGAGUUAAUAAUCUAACAUUAGAUUUAUAUUUAUUUUAACUCAAUAUAUCUUAACUCCUAAAAAUUAAGUUGUAUCUACCUGUGUCUCCUUAACACCAUUUUUUUUAAAAAUAUAUAUAAAUGGUAACUCUAUGAUUAGAAUCAUUGUUUUAAAUCUGCAAUUCUGCAGCUCUUUCUGAUUUUGGGGCAUUUUUUUAGACCAAUACUGGAUUUUUGAGGCUGGUAACAGGUUAUAAUAUACAAGCCAAUAUUAAUUUUCUUACAUAAACCCAUUAAAUACACAAACAUGUCUGACAAGGAUCAUUUAGAUUCGGUAUAUAAAGAAUUCUGACCAAGAUACAGUUUGUGCUGAGCCAUUUUACAGUCGAACAAAAGCCUCAUCAGUGCCCUCUGCUGGACAGACUAAAGAGCAAAGAGUGCAUGUCUGUGAAUUAUAUUUUCUGUGCUGCAAAAUCCUGUCAGAAUAUGCUGAUCCUGAUACAUCUGCAAUAAGAUAAUGUUGGCUGAUAUUUCAGCACAGUCCAUUAUCGAUCAGGCUCUAUUAUCAGUGGGAGACAUGGCAAUAAAUAUCAAAAUACUGUACAAGUUUUAAAAAUCUCCAGAGAACAAGUCUGUUUAUCAUGUCGUCCAAACUGGUGCUGAUUAUUCUGAAUAAUGAGGAGAAAUGCUGAUGAGGGAAUUGAUCAUUAUACAUUAAUAAUAUUGCAGAUGUGAAGCCUCUCUGUCGGUGGCUGUGUGUGUCUGAGGGGAAAUAUGGAGACUGUACUGUAGAUGUUUAUUAAUUUUCACACUGUUUAUCACAUAUCGGGUGUUUUAAACCUGAUAAUGUGAAACAACAUACAGAACUCUGCUGUCUGCACAUUUUAUUUUCCACAGUCGCCAAACACUGUACACUGACGUCCUCUCUGAACUUGUAAGAACAUUUGACUCCACUGCUGACUGUUUCUUAAACACUACUGUAUUCAUUCCUAAUGACGUCUUUUGUACAAUAUUUGAACCAUGAAAGUAUAAGCUAUAUAUUAUACUACUGAUGAUGAACUAGUAUUUUUAAUUCUUUGUAUACUACUUCUACGAGUUUAUUAAAUGUUUGCUAGUCAAACAAUGUAAAAGUAUCUAUAUUAUCUAAAAAAUAUAUAAUGAAUAAUAAAUACUCCUUUC